AUUAAGCUUAGUUAAUAUGAAUUAUUUCUGGCUGAUUUGGCUGUCUGCUGUGGCUGUUACCAUUACGCGGUGCCUAAAGACGAACGCGUUCAUGGUCAAAAUGGUUGGUAUAUACCUGUCUCAGAAGACAGUUUAGAAUGGAUUGAUAUGGAAAAUGCUGAAACAUAUCUCGAAAAUUUAAGAAUGGAAUUUAUGAGUAUGAAUGAGUCUCAGAGUAUGGAACGUUAUGGUAUUUUAAUUCCAGCAAACGAGGUUUUCUUUCACCUAUACACAAAUAAGAAUCAAAAUGAUUCUCAGUUAAUUACAAUCGAUAAGAAAUCCAUUGAUGACUCUAACUUCAAUGCCGCACAUCCUACACGUAUAUCCGUUCACGGCUUUCAAUCUGGCGUUGAUGCAUUUAUUAACUAUGGUAUCCGUGAUGCUUGGUUAUCCAAAGGUGAUUACAAUUACAUUUUCGUAGAGUGGAAGGCUGCCACUUCUUUUAACUACCCGAUAGUUGUUACAUGUCUAGGGAAGGUUGCUGAUGAGAUUGGCAAAUUAAUUGAUUUUUUGGUCCAGAAUAACUAUAUCAAAUUGGAAGAAUUGGUAAUGAAUGGUCACAGUUUGGGAGCUCAUGUUGUUGGCUUUACAGCCAGGAAAUUUCAAAACAUUAAAACCGUUAUAGGUUUGGAUCCUGCUAAUCCUUUAAUCCUAAAUUACUGUAGAUUUCGUCUGUGCGAAACUGAUGCCAAAUACGUUGAAAGUAUUCAUACCAAUGUCGGUAAUUUAGGUUAUCUGACACCCAUUGGCAAGGGUUCUUUCUAUCCCAAUGGUGGUCAUUCUCAACCAGCUUGUCCUUGGUACCAUUCUUUUUUAGGUAUCUGUGAUCACAGCAUGUCUAUUAAGUAUUACGCCGAAGCAAUCCAAUUAAAUGAUUUCUCGAGCAUCAAGUGCAAAACAUUUGAUCAAGCUGUUGCCAGGAAAUGCGGUUCAGAGUACAGUGACGUUCGCAUGGGUGGCAUGGACAAUACUGAUAAUAUUUCGGGGGUUUACUAUGUCCCUGUCAAUGAUAAACCCCCCUAUGGUAUGCCACAGGGACCGUAGUCAUAGUCUUGUGCAUGAACUAAAAUGGAAUCUUGGCCACAAAAAUGGAAUCAUAAAAACCUCAAAAAGGACCUUUUUAUCUUUUGAUCCAGCUUGCCAAAUAUUGACCCCAGGACAAACAUUUUCAGAAACUAUGUCUUAUAAUCAUUUAAACUUUAAUUUAAUUUACAAACGGGGCCACCUUAAUGUACAUACAUACAUAUGUUCAAAAAUAAUGAAAAAUAUCAAAAAUAAAAAAAUUGAUAGAUAGGGUCUUAUCUCAGUCUCUUAUCUUUAAGUAUUAAAAAUAAAUGAUUUGU